AUGCCCGGGAUAGGGGCGGUGGGAGCGCGGUGCAGGCACCGGCCGAGGAGGAGCCCCAGGAAGGGCCCCGAGGCCGAGGCGGGCCAGGCCGGGGCCGCCAUGGACGCAGCGAUCUGGAUCUAUCAGUUCCGGCUGAUCGUGCUGGGCGACUCCACCGUGGGCAAGUCCUGCCUCCUGCACCGCUUCACCGAGGGCCGCUUCCCGGGGCCGCUGCACUGCGACCCCACCGUGGGGGUGGACUUCUUCUCCCGCCUGGUGGAGAUCGAGCCCGGCAAGCGGGUCAAGCUGCAGCUGUGGGACACGGCGGGGCAGGAGCGGUUCAGAUCAAUAACACGAUCUUAUUACCGCAAUUCUGUUGGUGGCUUACUGGUGUUUGACAUCACAAACCGGCGAUCUUUUGAACAUGUGAAAGACUGGCUAGAAGAAGCUAAAAUGCAUGUACAGCCAUUUCAAAUUGUGUUUCUGUUAGUUGGACAUAAAUGUGAUUUAGUGUCACAGCGUCAGGUUACAAGAGAAGAGGCUGAAAAACUGUCAUCUACCCGUGGUAUGAAAUACAUAGAAACCUCAGCAAAAGAUGCCACAAAUGUUGAAGAAUCCUUUACGAUUCUGACCCGAGACAUAUAUGAACUUGUAAAGAAAGGAGAAAUUUCUAUACAGGAUGGAUGGGAAGGUGUUAAAAGUGGCUUUGUUCCAAAUGUUGUCCAUUCAUCAGAGGAGGCUGUAAAGCCUAGAAGACGAUGCAUCUGCUAA